AACAACCCAUUUUUUGAAAAUCUUUGUUUCUUUCAUUUUUUUUUUUUUUGUUUUCUUGAUCAAGAAGAUAUAUAUAUAUAUAUAUAUAUAUAUAUAUAUUGGAAAACCCAAAAUGGCAAACCAGCUAGAGAAUCUAGUGCAGUCAAUAAAAUCAAAGGUCAGAUCAUUGAAGAAAUCCAAGAAACCUUACAUCAAAAUGGACAAAAGCUCAAGUGUCAAAGUUGAGAUCCGUAGCAGAAAAGCAAAACAACUCAUUGACAAGACUCUCAAAAAGGCUGAUCGUCCUGGGAAGCGCAGCAUUUCUUGAUCUUUUCUUUCUUCUUUUGUCGGGUCUCUAUUAUAUUUCUGUAUAGAGGUGAUUAGAUUUUCUUGGUUUUGUUUUACGAGUGCCUGCCGAUUCUGUGUUCUUUUCUUGGGAAAAUCUUUUAAGAGUAUAUAGAACCGUUUCAGGUUUGGCUUAUAACAAUCUGUUGGUUUUGUUCAUGUAGCCGUUUUAAUUGUGAAUGAAAUCUGAUUGUCAAAUCUUUUUAA